AUGAUUCACAAAGAUCCAGGAUACUAUGAUCAGCUGCUUCGAACGCGAUUUGACUCAUCCCCUCCACUAGAUCCUCCCGAUUUCUCUGUAAUCACCGCCCCGGCAGUGCUCUCUGCCGUCUCGUCAUGCCUCGUUCCUCGCGAAGUGAUGAUUCGUCAAGUAGCUGCCGUUGUUGCCCUUGUGUGCCUUGCCCAUGCCGCUCCUUUCACUAGCAUCGAAGAUAUUCCAGCAGAAUACAGAGAGUUGAUCCCUCAGGAAGCCAAGGAUUUCCUCACUGGACUCUCUGAUGCCGACAAGAAUGUGCUAAAGGAAAUUGCCAAGGAUUACUCCAAGCUCAAGAACGAGGAUGAUGCUUUGGCUGCACUAAAACAGAAAUCACCCGCACUUGGAGAGAAAGCCGAGAAAUUGCACCAGAUGGUAAAGACGAAAGUUGACGCCCUUGGAGAUGAGGCCAAGGCCUUCGCUAAGGAGAUCAUCGAUGGAGCUCGCAAACUCCAAGCUCAAGUUGUCGCUGGCAACAAGCCAAACCUUGCCGAACUGAAGGAGAAGGCCCAAAGCGCCAUCAACAAGUACAAGGCCCUUUCCGACGCUGCCAAGGAAGACCUCCAGAAACAAUUCCCAAUCCUCACCUCCGUCUUCAAGAAUGACAAAUUCCAAAAGAUGGCCGAAACUUUGCUUUCCAAGAACUGAGCUCUUUCUCCACUUGACAGUUCCAGCAAUGAAGACGUGUAGUACCGCUACUUGAUG